UAGCUUAAUGACCGCCUUCAGUAAAUAUUGUAAAGUAACCUUCACAGUGAUAAUUAAGUGAACAGUUUCUUUAUAGUAUUAUAAAAUUACUUUUUAUUGGGUUUACUGUAAAAAGUUUGAACAAUAUUUGAAGAAUAUUUAUUCAGUAUAUAUUGAUUCAGGUCUUAAUUAGACUUUGAUUUGAAAUAGAUAGUACAAGAAGUAAUUUUGCUGUUUAACUAAAGAGCUAUAUAUGCAAGUGCAGACAAAUUUGGUAAAAUAACGGAGUGAAUAUUCAAGAACAUAAUUUUUUCAGUACUUGUACACAAAUGUUGUAAAGGAAUUACUAAUGAGACAAACAGAAAACUGUGUCAUGGUUGGUGAAAGUAUUGAAAGUGUAAAGGUGGCGGUCAGGGUUCGUCCCUUCAAUCAGAGGGAGAUUGACCGUCAAGCAAAACUUGUCAUCAAAAUGGAUGGGAAGAUGACUAUGAUAUAUAACCCGGAAGCUCCCAAUGAUGAUCCAAAGAAGUUUUCAUUCGACUAUUCAUACUGGUCACAUGAUGGGUUCCAUACAUCACCAGAUGGAACUACAGAACCAAAACCUGGAAGCACGUAUGCUAGUCAAAGGAUUGUGUUUGAAAACCUUGGGCAAGGAGUCCUCAACAAUGCAUUUGAAGGUUACAAUUGUUCAUUGUUUGCCUAUGGACAGACUGGAUCUGGGAAAUCUUACUCCAUGGUUGGAUAUGGUAAAAAUAAAGGUAUUGUGCCUAUUACCUGUGAUGAGCUGUUCAAGACCAUGGAAGCCAAUGAUGAUGCAAACAAACGAUAUGAGGUUAUGUUCUCCAUGCUGGAAAUAUACAACGAACAAGUGAGAGACCUUCUGUCCAAAGAUAAUCCCAAAGGUGGUCUUAGUGUGAGACAGAACCCUAAGUUAGGAAUGUUCUAUGUGGAAGGACUGAAGAAAGUACCUGUUGGGAGCUAUGCGGAAAUAGAGAAAAGAAUGGAACAAGGUACACAGUCAAGAACAGUAGCAUCAACAAAUAUGAAUGCCACGAGCAGUCGUGCUCAUACUGUGGUCACAAUUAUAUUUGACCAGAUCAUUAAGUCAGACAGUGGGGAAACAAAGAAAAGCUCUGUGAUGAAUUUAGUGGAUUUGGCAGGUUCUGAGAGAGCAGACAGUACAGGAGCUACAGGUGACAGGUUAAAGGAAGGUGCUAACAUUAAUAAGUCUCUCUCGGCUCUAGGAAACGUCAUAUCAGCAUUAGCGGACCUGUCAAUGGGAAAGAAGAAAGUUAUGGUGCCUUACAGGGACUCGGUCCUCACAAAAUUGCUACAGAAUGCCCUCGGUGGAAACAGUUAAACAAUAAUGAUAGCUGCAUUAUCACCGGCUGACAUUAACUAUGAUGAAACUCUAGGUACAUUAAGAUACGCUGACAGAGCUAAGAAGAUACAGAAUAAAGCUGUUAUUAAUGAAAACCCAAUGGACAAACUUAUACGACAACUUAAAGAAGAGAAUGAAAGAUUAAAGAAAGCAAUGGAGAGUGGAGGUGUUAUUGUGCAGAAUGCAGCUGGCAUGUCACCAGAAGAGAUUGAAAAAAUGCGUAAACAGAUGGAAGAAGAGAUUCGAGCUCAGUUAGUGGCAAACCAACAAAUGAUUGCAGAUGAGGAGACAGCAGAAAACUGGGACACAAAGUUAGCAGAAGCUCGAAGGGAAGCACAAGAAUUGGAUGCUGGAGGCAAAGGAAAUGCUGCACGUAAACAGAGAGAGAUACAUCUGGUCAACUUGAAUGAGGAUCCUAUGUUGUCCGGUGUUAUUGUUCACUUUUUAAAGGAAGGACAGACAAGGAUAGGCAGGAAAGAUGCCCAACAAUUGCCUGACAUAUGUCUCAGUGGUUUAAGUAUACUAAAGCAGCAUGCUGUUUUAACAUGUAACAAUGGAAUGGUGCAGCUGGAACCAGUGGCUGGGUCCGGCACAAAAACAAAAGUCAAUGGUGUAGUGGUAACUGGAAUGACAAAGCUCUCACAUAAAGACAGGCUUCUCUUUGGUUCAAACCAUCUUUAUGUUUUUAUGAACCCAAAGAACACUGAGACAACAGAAGAGUUACCUGCAGAAAUAACUUGGGAGUUUGCCCAGAAAGAGAUAGCACAAGUUAAAGGAUUUGCUACAGCCACAGGGGCUGGCUUGUCCAAAGACCAGCAGAUAGCACAAGAACAAGUCCUAGAAAUUUUACCAAUGGUGUCUGAAGUUAAUGCUGUUUCUGAAGAACUGAAUAAACAGAAGUCAUUUGAAGUUGUACUUAUAUCUGCAGCAGCUCAGGAGACAACCUAUGGUACUCAGAACAAUACAUCAGUAAUGGUGAAGAUGAAAAAUCUGCUCAAUGGUAAUACCUGGCUAUGGGAGCGGGGUAAAUUCAUGAACAGACGAUACCUUAUACAGGACUUAUACCAAAAGUUUUUGGAUGGUGAAGACAUUUCAAAAAUACCAAAAGAAGAGGAUCCAUUCUGGGAGCCGACAGAAGAUGUUUUGAUUGGUUCAGCCAAUGUUUUCUUGCAAUCACUCUCUUACGCACUCGACUUUGAUGACAAAAUAACAAUCACAGAUUACAAAGGCCAGGAGGAGGGAUUUAUUAAGGUGCACGUGACCCCAUGCCAAAAAGAUGGCAAACAGUUGGAGGAAGAUGCAUUUGUUGAUGAUCCACAUGAACUGUUGGAUAAACCAUAUCACUUUAAGGUGACAGUUCAGAGUGCUGAAAUUUACAAGACACGUUUUUCAAAAGGAAUACAAGUGAAAUAUCGUGUAUAUAAGGAUGAGAAAUUAACGGAGACAACACUAAUAAAAAAUACACUCAAACCAAAUAUAAAGCAUACAAAAGUAUUUACAUUCAGUAAAGUAACAAAGGAACAUUUGGAGUUUUUUGAAUCUGGAUGUAUAACAUUCCUAGUGUAUGGUACUCAAGAAGAUGCAACACCAGAUCCCAAACUGCUGAAAUAUUCAACACGAGAACUAAGACAAAUGGAUCUUGGAGAAGCACCAUCAAGUGUUGGCAUGGCACGACGUAACACACAUUUUGCCUUAGAUCAUGCCUCAGAUCAGUCACACCUGAAGACAGAAGUUUUGUUACUACAAAGGAAAUAUGAAAGACUGGCAGCUAAAGAAAGAAGGAUGCAGGACAUCUGUAAAGAAUGGGACAAGAAACCAGAGUCAGAGAAACAGUUUGAACCAUUUUAUCGAGCUGUAUCAGCUGUGGCACAUAGUACUGGAACACGCUUAAAGACACGUGUACAUCUCCUAAACCAGAUAUUGAAGGUGCAGCGUAGGGCAUCAGAGCAGUCGUUGCCAUCAUUAGCUAAGCCUAAAAUACCACCCAUUGAUAGUGCUCAUUCCAAAACACAACAAAACACUGUUCUACAAACACAGAAGCAAAUUCAGGACAAAAAUAUUUUGAAAGCAGAGAAAUAUCUACAAGAACGCAAGAACCAAGAAAAUGGACAAGAAAAGUCACAGGGGAAAAAUGGUCGCGCUGUUCGUUCUGCAGAAGGUGGGCGAAAGGAAGGCAGUUCAGCUUGUCUCCUUCAGUAGAUUGUUAAACAUCAUGCAGAGAAAUUAGUUUAAUCUAAAACUGGAAUACAAAGGAACCUAGGAAACUAAAGAAAUGUUCAAAACUUGUUCUUUAUAAUUCUAUAUCUCUUGAAAAAUAAAAUAGGAGUUACACAGUUAAUUGCGACUGUUCUGAA